UGGCUAAGGCCAAAAUGUCACAAAUAUUCCAACUUCUAUUAAUUAUGUCUUAAUUAUGCUUUAAGAUACAAAUAUAAAAUAUACUGUAUGUCAACAAUCCUUCCUCCAAAGAACUCUCCUAUGGAUUUAAUUGAGUGAAAAUCCCCCAAAUCAUGGUCGGUUUUAUUCUGUAUAGUUUCGUGAGGAAUCACUCGUUAGUAAGGUUGACUGACAUCUAGGCCAGAGAGUGUGUACAGAGCUGAUAUAUGCAUUUAGAGUGUUUAAAGAAAGUUUCUUAAACAUUUUAAAAGAUAGUUGAUUAUAUAAUAUUGGUUUGCACUAUGUUGCAUCUGGCAAAAAUUAGAAUAGAGUUGCAAGGAUUUAACUUUGCCUAUCGACGCCGGCUCUGUCAUGCGCCAGCAAUUUGAGACUGGGGACGAGUUUAAACUUUACCUAACCUAAUUUACCUCAAUACCAACCAGAUUGGUUGUAGAUGUUAAAUGACUGUGGUCCUGGCCACUCGUCAACGUAUAGUCUUGGAAAAUAUUGGAAUGCUUGUAUAUGUUUGAAGAUAAAGAUUUUGACCAAAUUUUUACAGACAUAUUUGCAUAUGUGAAAGAGCAUGUACAUUCUGAUAUAGUAAUGUAAUACAUAACAUGAAUUGUUUUGAAACAUGACUUGAAGUAAUUUAAAUAUUGUCUUAUUUGGUGUCUGUCAACAGAUGGGCAGCCCAAAGAAGAAGUCCUUACCACCUGUAAAGUUUUUAGAAGGUGAAGUUAUAUGGGCAAAGUUCAACCGAAGACCCUGGUGGCCUUGUGAGGUGACUGUUGACCCACUACAGGGAACCUAUCACAAAAUGAAAGAGCCCAGUGACAGGCCUUGUCGGCUGUACCACAUCAGGACCUUUGGGCAGCCUGUGGAACUGGCCUGGGUCACAGGGAAAGCUAUACACACAUUUCAUGGAGGCUUUGAGUUCGAACAGCUCCCCUUGCUGCGCAGGAGAGGAAGGCAAAGGGACGAAGACUACAAAUACAUUAUACCCAAGAGGUUUAAUGCAUCUUGGAAAACCAGUGUAGCUGAAGCAGAAUCUGUCCUCCCAGAGCGACCCAAAACGGAUGUCUCUAUACCUGACUCCAUAGAUACAACCCUCUAUGAUGGGUCCACAUCAGAAAAAGAGGGCAAGGCCCUUCCAACUCCCCCUUCCAAUCCAUCCAACUGUAUACCCCUUGCACCAAGCAACUUAACAUACGGAUCUCUGUCACCACACAGUAAACAUUCCCCAACAAAAGUAAGCACUUCAAAGAAGCCUCAAAGCAAAAAGAAGCCAAGUAAAGCGUUUAAAGCUAAAAAUGAGUGCUUGAACACCAAAACAACAUUUGACAGCACUAACAAGCCAGAGGGGGACAUAAAAGAAUGUCCGUAUUCGGACCUUGACUCUAUCCCCAAUAUUUUGUGUCCUAAAGCACUUGAGCGUCAAUCCAAGCAUGCUCAGACUCAGCCCUCAGUUCCAGUAGUAAAAGAGGUGAAGAAGCAGCCUGAAGGACACAGUCGCCUGUGGUUCAGCAAACCAGGAAAAGACAGGCGUCUCAACACUACCGCCUCCUUAUCUAACCACAGUGCCUUCAGCAAGGGCCCCUGCAAGAAAAAGACUCAAACUGCAGCUGCUGUCAACAGAAAGACUCAAGCGUCCAGUGCGGCCAUCAAGGAAUGCUCUAUUGAUCAGUCGAAGACUCCAGUGUCCAGCGUAAUAGUCAAAGAACACCCUUCUGAUCAGUUGAAGACUCCAGUGUCCAAUGCAACAUUCAAAGAUAUUACUGGUGAUCAGUCGAAGACUCCAGGGUAUAGUGUAACAGUCAAAGAACGUCCUGUUGAUCAGUUGAAGCCUCCAGUCUCAAGUGUGCCCAAGCCUCCUGAUGAGUCGAAGGCCCUGGGCAAGCAGCCUGCACAUCUGCCUGCUAGCAACCGCCUGAUGACCAGAGCUCUUAAAGCUAUGGAGUUAGCAGUGCGGAAACAGAAUCUGUUCUCCAGCCCAAAGCCUGGCUGUUUCCUUCCUAUCAACAAGACAGAGGAGGAGGUGUCAUCUUCCACAAACACUCCUUCUGAUAAACCAGAGACCAAAACAGACUGUUAUACAGAGGAAAAACUUUUAAAGGUUGACAACGAUAAUCAGUCCUCCUCAAAGUUCACCAGGUCGAAGGACUUUGAAGCAGAGGUUAAGACUGAAGAUGAGGGCUUCUUGAUAUCCCAGAUGCCUGUGGACUUUAUACCUCUGACAUCUGGGAAGGCAAAGAAAAAUAACUGUGUGUCUGACAUGUCCUCCUGUUCCUUGCCAUGCUUCUCUCCCAUGGACGCCUUCAAAGACAUUAAAGAGUUAUCUUUCAAGUCCCUGGAAUCAAGUGAGGGUGAUGGGAAACCUGUGUCUUUUAAACCAGACACUAACUACAAGUUCAGUACUUUCCUCAUGCUGCUGAAGGACAUGCACGAUACCAGGGAGAAAGAUGGAACUCCCUUGGAGCUGGAAAUCGGACCACCUAGUGCUCAUGUAAAAGAGGAGCCUUCCGUGAUUCCACCCUUACUGGGAGAGGAGUCACUCGGUCAAGGCCCGAGUCUCAGUAAAAGUCAACAAGGCAAGAGCAAAACCAAGGCCAAGCCCAAACCCAAAUCUACUCUGAAGGUAGAAAUCCCACAACUUGAAGGCAGCACAAACCAGGUCGUGAAAAGGCUAGCCAAAAACAGAGGCUCGUCCGAGACUAAAAAGAAACCGAAUGGAAAAGUGCCUUUUGGUAAGAGGUCUCCUGGACCUGGCUACCUUGGGAUAGAAGCCUUGCACCAUCUUCCGAGCAAUUCUUGGGAGAAGUUUGACCAGGAUUUAGAGACAUUAGGGGGGGUGGGGGAGGGCUGCAGUAGGCUAACGAAUGAGAGACUACAGAACAUGGUGCCUUUGGAGCAGGGUGGUGCAGAACCAUCAGUGUCCUUUCAGCCAAAGACAGCAUUGGACGAGCAGACUAUCGCUGCCACAAUUUCUGCAAACACUACACAAAGUACUGGGGAAGGCCAGGAGGCACCCACAGCACAUAAACGAAUUCGAAAACCAAGCAAAAGACUCAUAGAAUGGACAGAAGAGUACAGUCAGAUAAUCUGCACAAGGAAGAAACAGAAAAAGCCCCUCCAGUCUUUGGGAAAGGUGGCACAUUCCAACAGCAACAAACCAGAUCCCCUACCAUCAGGGAAAACCACACAUGACCACGCCCCUCUGAACCCACUUCCUGAAAUACAAACUCUGCCCCCAGACGAACGAUCCAAGACCCCCACUGGACAAGCCCCUCCCCCAAUAGAGAAUACUCCCCCUCAGGAUGCACCUAUCCUGUCCAUAGAUACUCUAACCCCACCUCCUGAAGCAGACCCUUCGCUGCUGAGUGACGGUCUGACAAAGAAUGUUGGUGACGUUCCUUACUUGGAAACCAUCCGUAAGAGACAGAGGAAACCAACUCCGAAGAUUAUGGAGGCUGCCACAAUUCCAAAGAAGAGGGUCAAGUCCCUGAAGACCAUCUUAUCAAGUCAUCCUCUUCCUUCAGGCUCUGGACAACUCUUUUCUAAAUCAAAGAUCAAGCAACCUACCACAGCUACCCCUGCACCCUCCACGUUUACACCCUGCACCCCUGCACCCUGCCCCCUGACCCAGAGCAGCCUGGAGAAGGGGUCAGACUGUGACGUCACCAAGCCCCCCAGUGAGGAAACUGAUCUUCAUGACGAUGGGAGGGAUACCCUAGACCCAGAGGGUUUUACAUCCAGUUUGGAUGACAGCUUUUCAUCCAUGAGGGAGGAGUCUUCACUGUGCGAUGGCCCACUCUCCCCCAAUAAGAAGAUCAUAGGGGACAGAGGGGGCGCUGCCUCAUUGAAAGAGAAUGUGUGUCAGGUGUGUGAGAAGACUGGGGAGCUGCUGCUGUGUGAGGGCCAGUGUUGUGGGGCCUUCCACCUCCAGUGUAUCGGCCUCACAGACCCUCCUAUAGGGAAGUUCGUCUGCCAGGAGUGCAAGUCUGGUCUCCACACCUGUUUUGCGUGUAAGAAGCCCGGGGAGGACGUGAUGCGCUGUAUGAUCCCAGUGUGUGGGAAGUUCUACCAUGGAGAGUGUAUAGCUAACCACGCUCCCACUGCCCCCCUGCACCUGGGUUUCCGCUGCUCUCUCCACGUCUGUCUGUCCUGCUUCAUAACCAACCCUGUCAACCCCUCCGUCUCCAAAGGUCGUCUGACGCGCUGUGUGCGCUGCCCUGUGGCGUACCAUGCCAAUGACUACUGCAUGGCAGCGGGCAGUGUGGUCCUAGCCAACAACAGCUUCCUGUGUCCCAACCACUUCACCCCCCGCAGGGGUUUCCGCAACCAUGAACACGUCAAUGUCAGCUGGUGCUUUGUCUGCUCCGAAGGGGGCAGUCUGCUGUGCUGUGAGUCGUGUCCUGCUGCCUUCCACCAGGAGUGUCUGAACAUCGACAUGCCCGAGGGCAGUUGGUUCUGCAACGACUGCCUGGCCGGGAAGAAGCCCCACUAUAAGGACAUCCUGUGGGUCAAAGUGGGCCGAUACAGGUGGUGGCCUGCGGAGGUCAGCCAUCCCAAGAACAUUCCGGAGAACAUCUUACGUAUGAGGCACAAUGUAGGAGAGUUCCCUGUGCACUUCUUUGGCUCCAACGACUACCUGUGGACCUACCAGGCCCGAGUCUUCCCCUACAUGGACGUAGACACCAACAACAAGGAGAAGAUGGGGAAGGGUGUAGACGCCAUCUACAAGAAAGCUUUGGAGGAAGCUGCUAGCAGGUUUCUGAAACUGCAGGCAGAGAAAGAACUGAGACAGCUUCAGGAGGACAGGAGGAACGACAAGAAACCCCCGCCAUACAGACACAUCAAGGUGAAUAGGCCAAUCGGGAAGGUGCAGUUCAUUACGGCCGACCUAUCAGAGAUCCCGCGCUGUAACUGCAAGGCAUCGGACGAGAACCCUUGUGGCAUUGACUCUGAGUGUAUCAACCGCAUGCUGAUGUAUGAGUGCCACCCUCAAGUGUGCCCAGCAGGGGAAGGCUGUCUUAACCAGGCCUUCACCAAGCGCCAGUACAGCCAGGUGGAGAUCUUCAGGACGCUGGCACGAGGCUGGGGCCUCCGCUGUGCCCACGACAUCAAGAAGGGGGAGUUUGUGAAUGAGUACGUAGGAGAGGUGAUCGAUGAGGAGGAGUGUCGGGCCAGGAUCAAACACGCCCAGGAUAACGACAUCUGUAACUUCUACAUGCUGACUCUGGACAAGGAUCGGAUCAUCGACGCUGGUCCGAAGGGGAAUCAGGCCCGCUUCAUGAACCACAGCUGCCAGCCCAACUGUGAGACCCAGAAGUGGACGGUGAAUGGAGAUACACGUGUGGGGCUCUUCGCUCUCAUAGACAUCCCUGCAGGCACAGAGCUGACGUUCAACUACAAUCUGGAGUGUCUGGCCAAUGGGAAGACUGUGUGUAAAUGUGGAGCUCCAAACUGCAGCGGCUUCCUAGGAGUCCGGCCAAAGAACAACCCUCCAGCAGACGACAAGGGCCGCAAGCUGAAGAAAAAGGUCCAGGCUAAACGGAAGAACAAGAUGGAGGUGACCAAGGAGAGGGAGGACGAGUGCUUCAGUUGUGGGGAUGGGGGACAGAUUGUGUCCUGUAAGAGACCAGGCUGUCCCAAGGUCUAUCACGCAGACUGUCUCAACCUCACAAAGAGGCCUGCAGGUCGGUGGGAGUGCCCGUGGCACCAGUGUGACCUGUGUGGUAAGGAGGCGGCCUCCUUCUGUGAGAUGUGUCCCAGCUCUUACUGCACACUGCACCGCGACGGCAUGCUCUUCAUCUCCAAACUGGACGGACGGCUGUCCUGCAGCGAACACGACCCCUGUGGACCAGACCCCCUGGAGCCAGGGGAGAUCAGGGAGUACCUACCCGACACUGGGGCUCUCUCAACAGGCCCGGGGGCUGGUAUUGUACCCCCUCCUGCUGCUGCUGUGGCUGGUGCUGCUGCUACUACAAGGGGGACAGGGGACCCCCAACCUAGCCCUGGCCCUGAGUCUUUCCCCCCUCUCCCCAUCUCUUGCCCCAUCUCUGGCCCCUUCUCUGGCCCCAUCGGCACCCCUCUACCCAGCUCGAAGGCCCUCGAUAGCUCUCACCUAUUCCUUCCCCAAUACUCACCCAUCUCUUCCUACGGAGAUGAGAAGGAAGAAAUUGAGGAUCCUUUUGGUGAUGAAGAGGGGGAUGGAGAGGGGAUUGAGGGAGAGUUGGAGGAUGGAGAGAUGGAAGGCUUAAAGUUGAAAGAUGAAGAGGAGGAGAAAGAAGAAGAGGAGGGAGAGGGAGAAGAAGAGGAGGGUGAGGAAGAAGAGGAGUAAAGACCAAUGUCCUUUUUCAACAACUCUGCAUCCUGGCUAAUCAUUCAUGGGGGGGUGGGGAGAAGAGCUACCUGCUUGUUCUUGAGGGUGGGACUGUGCUCAGCAUCAUGUAGAUUCACUCAUCUUUGUAUAUAAGGAUCCAUGUACAGAUGAUUUAUAGAUCUGUGAAUUUGAACACCACCUUGUUCAGACAGACCCCUGAGAAAUAGCAGGAUGAAACAAUGUGGCCUGGAGCUGGAGUGUCGAAAUGGAGUAGGAGGGAGUUUCCUUUGGACACUGAUUUAUGGUCAAUUUUCCCCCUAAUAGUCCCAGUUAGGGUUUGUGAUAGGUAUACUGAUCCUAGAUCUGUGCCUAAGGGCACAAUGGGUAUGAUAGUAACUCUAGUCAUAUAGAUAGGUCCAUUUGAAUCUCUUCUUUGUUCAUUGUCAUAGUUGUUGGUUUGUGGUUUUAAUAACAUGUUUACAUUUCUGCACCUCCUCUUGGAGAACACGGCAACUAAUGUAUCUGAAGCUUCACCUUUAUCAAAGGGGAGACUGAAGAGAGGAGAGGAGCAGUACUGUCAAAGGCACAGAAAUCCCCUCAUGAGAAAGUAGCCUAUGGUGUGUUAGAUGGGCCUGUCAAGCUGGUUCUCUCUGUAGCAACUCUCCUACAUGGCACAAAUGAGUAAUGCUGUGAAAUUAGUGCGUCAGCAAUGGAAAUUAUUAGUCACGCAAUCAGUCAUUUCAACCUUGUCAUUGGUGUACAGUCUAUAUCCAUACCUAUUUGAUGAUGAUGAAUCUAUCGUUUCUGCUGGCAUCUGCCUUACCACACCAAAUGAUACAGACACCUAGACAAUACACAUGAAAUCAAAUGGCUUAGUUAGUAAAUGUGGGUAGUACAUCAAGGUGAUAUUGAUAUUGAACAUGCCUAUAUCCUAAUCCAUGACUGCACUUUGCGUUUUCCCUUAACCCUGGCAUUGCAUUGCCGAUAGCUCCUCUGUACUGAUAUCUAUUUGGGGUGCAGUUGGCUGUACUGUAGGUCUUUGAACACAACUGAAAUCUGAUUGAGUGGUCAACUAACGUAAAUUCAAUGUGAAAUCAACCAAAAAUGUCACCAUGUCAUUGGGUUUAGGUUAAAAGUUGCUGACUUUUUGAAA